AUGCAGGAGAAACGCGUUUCACGCUGGUAUUUUGGUGGCCUGUCGUCCAGCGCAGCAGCCUGUUUAACACACCCACUGGAUUUGAUCAAGGUGCACUUGCAGACUCAGCAUGAGGUGAGGAUGACGAUGAGGGGCAUGGCAGUCAGCGUGGUGAGGAGGGAGGGCUAUCUGGCUCUCUACAGUGGUCUCAGUGCCUCCCUCUGUCGGCAGAUGACAUAUUCCCUGUCCCGGUUUGCUAUAUAUGAGACGCUGAGGGACAUGUGGAGCAGCAGAAACAAGGGUCCCAUGCCAUUUUAUCAGAAGGUCCUACUGGGUGCCCUCGGAGGGUUUGCAGGUGGUCUUAUCGGAACCCCAGCUGAUAUGGUGAACGUCAGAAUGCAGAACGACGUCAAAUUGCCAGCAGAGCUCAGGAGAAAUUACGCCCAUGCGCUGGAUGGACUGUAUCGUGUAUGGAAGGAAGAGGGAAUGAAGAAGCUGUUCUCUGGUGCCACAAUGGCUUCCACGAGAGGAGCACUGGUCACCGUUGGACAGCUGGCGUGUUACGACCAGUCGAAGCAGCUGGUUCUUGCUACCGGUUACCUGACUGACAACAUCCUCACCCACUUCCUGGCCAGCGUCUUUGCAGGGGGUUGUGCCACAGUCCUCUGCCAACCGUUGGACGUUGUUAAAACGAGAUUAAUGAACUCAAAGGAGGAAUAUGGGGGUGUGUUUCACUGCCUGAGAGAGACAGCCAAGCUGGGCCCUAAGGCUUUCUACAAGGGUCUUGUUCCAGCUGCUAUCCGCCUCAUCCCGCACACAGUUCUCACCUUCAUAUUCCUGGAACAGCUGAAGAAGCACUUUGGAGCCUUGGUGGUAACCUGA